AUGGCUUUGAAGCGAAUCAACAAGGAGCUCACAGAUCUCGGACGUGAUCCUCCCUCAUCAUGCUCAGCCGGUCCCAUGGGAGAUGAUUUGUUCCACUGGCAAGCAACCAUCAUGGGUCCUGGCGACAGUCCGUUCCAAGGUGGUGUCUUCUUCCUGGCCAUCCAUUUCCCCACAGACUAUCCUUUCAAGCCACCAAAGGUCAACUUCACCACUCGAAUCUAUCAUCCCAACAUCAACUCUAAUGGCAGUAUCUGUUUGGACAUUCUUCGAGACCAAUGGAGCCCUGCUUUGACAAUAUCGAAAGUUCUUCUAUCCAUCUGCUCCAUGCUGACCGACCCCAACCCCGACGAUCCUCUGGUUCCAGAGAUUGCUCACGUCUACAAAACCGAUCGUGCCCGCUACGAAGCAACUGCUAGGGAAUGGACACGGAAGUUUGCCAUCUAA